GGCGGAGCCGGGGGGGGGGAGAGGGAGGGCAUGCGGCGGUUGGUGUCCAUGGAAACCAAGCGCACACGGAGCACCCCUCCUCGCCGGGUCGUUGCCGCCGCCAUCAUGAUGCUGCUGGGCCGCGGAAUGGACGCCAGGGACAAUCAGACUAGACAAAUACAAGAUGCUGUUUCAAAUGUGGAAAAACAUUUUGGUGAAUUGUGCCAAAUAUUUGCUGGAUAUGUACGUAAAACUGCCAGACUACGAGACAAAGCAGAUCUUCUAGUAAAUGAAGUAUAUGCAUAUGCAGCCACAGAGACACCAAACUUAAAAGUUGGACUGAAAAACUUUGCAGAUGAAUUUUCCAGACUUCAGGACUAUCGCCAGGCAGAGGUUGACAGGCUUGAAGCCAAGGUUGUUGAACCUCUGAAAAGUUACGGCACCAUAGUGAAGCUUAAAAGGAAUGAUCUUAAAGCAACUUUGACAGCAAAGAACCGAGAAGCCAAGCAAUUGUCUCAACUGGAAAAGACACGUCAGCGGAAUCCAUCAGAUCGACACAUUAUUGCUGAAAGUGAAUUGCAAAGAGCUUCACUGGAUGCUACUCGAACAACUCAGCAAUUAAAGGAAACCAUUGAUAACUUUGAGAAACAGAAAAUAAGGGACAUAAAAAACAUAUUUUCUGAAUUUAUAACCAUUGAAAUGUUAUUCCAUGGGAAAGCUUUAGAGAUAUAUACUGCUGCCUACCAAAAUAUCCAAAAUAUUGAUGAAGAAGAAGAUUUACAGGUUUUUCGGAGCUCACUUCAUCCACCAGACUAUCAAUCUCGCUUAGACAUAGUUCGUGCAAAUUCGAAGUCCCCUGUGCAAAGAACUGGAUCCUUAAAAUCUUCACUGAGGACAGUACAGAUUUCCAGUAUGCUGAGAAAAGAGGAAGAAGAGGAGGAGGAAGAGGAAGAUGAAGAGGAGGAAGAUGAUGAAGAGGACGAAUUAGAUGCUCAAAAAGAAAAUGAACGUUCACCAAGAAGGACCUAGCCCGGUAUCUACAUGGAAUGCUGCUUUUCUUUUAAAUAAAAGUGCCUUUAUAAUAAAACUAAUUGAUAUUUUA